AUGGCCAAUAUUCUUCAACAGGCCAUCACCAUUGUUUUUCACUUCCUCACUGCCAGCUACUUUCGACAGAGACCCGAUUCAACUUCCGAACCUCGAAUUAUGAAGCAUAUUGUUAUUCUCGGAGGCUCAUAUGCUGGGGUCAGCACAGCCCAUCGCAUCUUCAAGCACGCUGCGAAGACUGGGCCUUUCAAGAUCACUCUCGUGUCCCCAAAUACCCAUUUCUACUGGAACGUGGCCUCCCCCCGCGCCCUGAUCCCGGGACAACUCAGCGACUCGGAGAUGUUUCGCCCGAUCGCUGCUGGGUUUGCACAAUAUCCUACUAGCCAGUUUGAAUUCGUCGCCGGCAUGGCAGAGUCUUUAAAUGUAGAGGCCAAGACAGUGGGGAUCUCUUCGGGCCACGGUGAGACGGUAAUGCUCAAGUAUGACUACCUCAUUCUGGCCACGGGCUCGAACGCAAAGGGAGAAGUUCCAUUUAAGAAUCUAACGUCGACGGAAGUGACGAAGGAUUCACUCCAUGAUUUCCAAGAGCAGAUUGAGAAAGCGGAGACGAUUGUCAUAGCAGGGGCUGGCGCAACAGGUGUGGAGUUUGCUGGGGAAUUGGCAUUCGAGUAUGAAAGUCGGAAGGAGAUUGUUCUUAUCUCAAGCACCCCUGCAAUCCUCCCCGAAUCGCCCACCAGCGUACAGAAGACCGCAAUGAAGGGUCUCCAGAACCUAAAAGUGGACAUCCAGCUAUCCCAAAAGGUCAUCGGCUCCACCCCCUUACCAAACCAUCAAACCGAAGUCUCACUUUCGAGCGGAGAGAAAUUGAUUACCGACUUGUAUAUCCCCACUACUGGAUUGGUCCCCAACUCUUCGUACAUUCCCACCAAACAUCUCAACGCAGAGGGAUUUGUGGUCGUAGAUGAGUAUUUUGCUGUUAAAGGAGCGGAAGACGUGUAUGCUAUUGGGGAUGUCUGCAAUGUCGAGCCCUUGCAGUUCAUCUAUGCGGAUCGACAGUCUACCUUUCUAGCCAAGAAUUUUGCUUUGAUUCUUAGUGGCAAACCACCUCUUGCCUAUAAACUAUUCUUCAUGAGAAUUAUUGGGGUUUCGGUGGGUAGACAGCUUUCCACUGGAAGUUGGGGGCGUGUGAGAAUGCCGAACUUUGUGGCACAGAUGAUUAGGAAGAGCUUGUUCCUGCAGAAUUUUGAUGGGACGGUUGAUGGGACGAUUGGCGAUAGUCCG